AUGGCGCAAGCAUCGGAAAAUGUUGUCAUCGGUGUCAUCGGAGGUAGCGGUCUCUACCACCUCGACAACUUGACGUUUAUCAAACAAGUCAACCCAGAGACACCUUGGGGCUCACCAUCCUCGCCGAUCACGAUAUGUUCUCUCCCGUCCGGUACGAGGGUCGCCUUCCUCGCGCGGCACGGUCCCGGCCAUACCAUCUCCCCCUCCGCCGUCCCCUCGCGCGCAAACAUCGCCGCCCUCAAAACCCUCGGUGUCAAAGCCAUCCUCGCGUUCAGCGCCGUGGGAUCUCUCCGCGAGGAGAUACCUCCCGGGACGUUCUGCCUCCCGACGCAGAUCAUCGACCGCACCAAGGGCAUCCGCCCGUCGACGUUCUUCGACGGGUCCGUCGUGGCGCACGCCUCGUUCGGCGACCCGUUCAGCAUGAAGCUCGUCCGCUGGCUGGAAGGCGAGGUGGGCAAGACCCUCGAGAGCGACCCGCGCGGCGUCAAGCUCGUCACGGACAAGUGUAUCGUCUGCAUGGAGGGGCCGCAGUUCUCCACGCGUGCAGAGAGCCUGAUGUACAGGCAGUGGGGCGGAGACCUGAUCAACAUGAGCGUGCUUCCGGAGGCCAAGCUUGCACGCGAGGCGGAGAUCAGCUACGCUCUCAUCGCCACCGCGACCGACUACGAUGCGUGGCGUCCGCAUGAGGAGUCGGUCACCGUGGUCGAGGUCUUCAAGACGCUCCAGGCCAACGCCGAGACAGCACGGCACGUGGCCGCUGCCGUGCUCGAGGGCUUGACGGCUGCUGCUGUAAAGGGCGACAUUCUGAGCGCGGAGAAGGGGUCCAUGCAAUACUCCAUCAUGCCGCGCUCAGAGGGCCAACGGGCGGAAGACGUUGCCAAGUUGCGCUAUAUCCUCCCGGAGUACUUCCCACAGUGA